UUUGGUUCAGUGCUCUACUUUUAUAAUAAAUAAAUACAAAAUUUAAAAAAAAAAUGGCAUUUUCAUUACAAAUAUCCAGAAAAUUUUGCACCACAUCGUUUUUAAUGCUAAGACGUUUGGCUAAACGGUCAAAUCCAGGUUUGGGUUAUCAAAUAACUGCUAUAGAAGAUGCGGCCAAAGUUAUGCAAAGUGACCCAGAAGGUUUCGAAGGUUUGGAGAGUGAUUUAUUCAAUGCGCACAAAUCUCACAAACAACACGAAUUGAAUUUGCAGCAUCAAAAAGAAAAAUUAAGGCAAUAUAUAAUAAAAAGGAAAUAUUUUAACAAGGAUCCGCUUCCAAACCUACUGACAUACGCUGAAAAGGAGCAAAUCAAAUUUUUGCACUCGAGUGACAAUGAAGAAUGGACGGUUGAAAAACUUGCAGAAAGUUUUCCAGCCAGCGCUGAAACAAUAUGUAAAAUUUUAAAGGCACAUUGGAAUCCAAUGUCUCCCAAAAGAAUACUUUCUCAUGAUGCCGGUGUCUUAAGAAAUUGGCAACGAUUUAAAAAUGGAGAAUAUAGCGCAAAAAUAAGUACAGAAUUGUACGAACAUUUAAAGAAGUUUUUUGAUAGAGACACGAAAGAUAUAAAUAUCUUACAAGAUCCCACACAAACGUUCCAAAGAAAACAAUGGCAGAAGCCAAAGAGCAAUGAAUUUUCAUCAAUUAUAUCGUCGUUACGCCCAAAAACCAAUGACACCAGAAAUAUGACAACAUUGUCGGAUGGUAAACCAAAGGAAAAAUCAGUAGGUACCAAUAAUGCUGACAAUGACACAUACCUCCUAGGUGAAAUUAAAAAUAAAAAGCCAAUGACAAUUCAUGAGGUAAAGGCAAAACACGGGGAAGACAAUUCUGAAAAUUCGGCGAAUAUAAAUAAAUCAUUGGAUCAACUGGCAGCACAAAAACUCACAAAUAUUAGUGGUACCGGAAUUGUUCGAGAAAAGAAUAAAUGCCCGUCCAAUGCAAUUGCUGCUAUAGACUAUACUGAAAAAUUUGUAUCGAACGAAGUUGUUAUUAGCGAAGUUGAUAAAAAGCGUUAUGGAAUGUGUGCAACAAAAGAACGUAUUCAUAUACCACGAAAGUUGUGGAAGAAAGGAGCUACAUACCGUGCAAAUGAUUGUUACUAUGAUGACGAUGGGGAGUUUCUUUAUAGAGUACCUGGCAUGACUUCACAGUAAAAUUUCGAGCCAAAUUUUGUUUUUAAACAUUUCAUUAUAAGUAUAGGCUUGUUAUGUUGUUGCUUAAGUCGAUAUUAUGCAUUAAAAGUUGUUAUUUUGCUUUAGGGUUUUAAAAGCAUACAUACACCUGUAUGAAUUACUAAAAAUUGUAUUUAUUAAAAUGUCUAUGGGACGGAAAAUUUAAUUACAAACAUUUAUUUAUUAAAUUCUAUAUUAAUUAAGCCGAUAAGGUUGGAAUAAUCUCUUGCCGAAUCUUAUAUAUCAAUCACCAGAGUAUACUUUGAUAUUGAAAUCCAGUUUUAUGUGAUGUAAACACUUUGUGGAAAAUAUGUAAAAAAUCUAGGUGUGUUUUUUUUUGCUUAAAUCUCAGACAUUUGUGGACCGAUUAUGCUGAUUUAGCUAUAGCGUAAUUAUUGAAGAACAUUGGUACGGGUAGGUGUUGAUAAGAUAGAUAGCCGAAAUUAUUUAAGGGAGGUGAUAAAGAUAAAAUAUUUUUGAAUAUUGAUAUUUUUUUAUUUUUCUUUUGAACUGUGUAUAUUGUAUGUAUAUUUAAAAAAAAAAAUUAUAAUUUACACAUUUUCGAUUGUGUUAUUUGCAAAUAAAGAAAAACUAAUAUAUGUAUGUAUGAAUGUGUGUAACAAUAAUAUAUAUGUAUGUAUAUAAAUAUGUAUAUAAGUAUAUAGAUUAAUAAUAUCUUUAAUAAUAACAUGAAACAGCAUUAAAUAAAAAUAUAAUAGUAAUAAGAAAAAAGAAA